AUGGCAACAAAAAUAAUCAAAGUUGUGGACCAGCUUCCAUACAAGGAACAAAUAAACAAGACUCUGACAGCACCUGCUCCAUUUGCAGAUGAAACAAGCUGUCAGUGCCAAGCCCCCCAUGAGAAGCUAACCAUUGCACAAGCCCGGCUGGGAACACCAGUUGACAGACCUGUCAGAGUGUAUGCAGAUGGGAUAUUUGACCUCUUCCACUCUGGCCAUGCUAGAGCCCUUAUGCAAGCCAAAACUCUAUUCCCGAAUAGCUACUUAUUAGUAGGAGUUUGCAGUGAUGAUUUAACUCAUAAAUUCAAAGGCUUCACUGUGAUGAAUGAAACGGAGCGAUAUGAAGCUCUCAGACACUGUCGUUAUGUGGACGAGGUCAUCAGAGAUGCACCCUGGACACUGACACCUGAGUUCCUUGAAAAACAUAAGAUUGACUUUGUAGCCCAUGAUGACAUCCCGUACUCCUCCGCUGGCUCGGAUGAUGUAUACAAACACAUAAAGGAGGCAGGAAUGUUCGUACCGACGCAGAGAACUGAAGGUAUCUCAACAUCAGAUAUCAUCACAAGGAUCGUCCGGGACUAUGACGUGUAUGCCCGGCGCAAUCUCCAACGAGGCUACACUGCCAAAGAGCUGAAUGUUAGUUUUAUAAAUGAGAAGAAAUACCGCUUUCAAAACCAAGUGGACAAAAUGAAAGAAAAAGUCAAGAAUGUGGAGGAAAAAUCAAAAGAAUUUGUUUACAAGGUGGAAGAGAAGAGCCAUGACCUCAUUCAGAAAUGGGAAGAAAAGUCCAGGGAAUUUAUUGGCAACUUUUUAGAACUGUUUGGACCUGACGGAGCCUGGAAGCAGAUGUUCCAGGAACGAAGCGGACGAAUGCUGCAGGCUUUUUCUCCUCGGCAGAGCCCAAACAGCAGUCCCACGCGGGGCCGAUCUCCAUCCCGUUCCCCAUCUCCACCCUGGGUCUUCAAUAAAGCCUCCCCUCCCUCUUCUCCAAAAGCUGCCUCUGCCUCCCUCAGCAGCAUGAGCGAGGGAGACGAGGAUGAAAAGUAAAGUAAAGAUAUAUUUUUUUAACCAUGAGACAGAAGAACAAGCUAUGAACUCAACCGCUGGAUGGGGAAAAGCAUGAGGAACAUCUGGGGUAUCCCUGACAGGAGGGAACGUGCUCUGGGAGAAGAUGCUGAAAAGGGACUGGAGCACAGCAAGUGAGAUCUCAGGAAGAGCUUAUCCCAUCCCCUCCCUCGGGGUGCCUGGAGGCCGGGCCAGCAGCACUUGCCAGACACGCUACUGGGGACUGACAGAAAAACAUCCACCUUUGUGCAAGCUCCUGUCCCUGCGUUGCUGCUUACAGCUGCUGCGGCCAGGCCGGGUCGGCGGGGACCUCUGCACCGAGCGGGGCUGGCGGGAGGAGCCCUAUCAGCUCCCGAUCCGGGCCUGGCACACAGGCACAGGACAGAUGCAGCCCGUGGAUGGAGAAGAUGCAGUUGUACCGGACCGCGCUAACCGUGAGCUCUUCGGGCAGGUGAAGGAAUGGCAUUGCUGCAGCAAAUACAUUCAGAAACAGGAAAUAAAAUUUUACAUUUUUUCUUUUUGAAUGAAAUCUGCCCCAGAGCCCAAACCAUGCCAGUGAAAUGGAGAGCACUCCAGCUGAGCUGGUAGAAAUCCAUUUAAUAUAUUCAGGCUAUUGAAUGCUGCUUGUUGACCAAGCCUCUAUAGGGGGUGUAUGUAAAGAGUCAGGCUGUAUUUGCUUUAUGAAAUCGCUCUCCGCGUUCCUAGUGCCUGAACAGCUACCUGAUAACUUCUGUUUUCCUCCCUGGCUUUGCACUUCAGAGGCAAGAAAGUAAGCGGAGAGACAGCCCUAGCUGGAAUGUGUUGUUGCAGCAAACAGAUAGUUUGAAGACGGUGGUGAUUUUUACUGGUGGAUUCUAAAAAAAAAAAAAAACACGCACGGGAUCCCAAGGUCUCGGGACGUGGCCUCCUAGGGAACCCUGCUGCUCCCUGCUACGCAUCGCCAAGCGACGAGCACAACAGUGCUGCUGUCCUCACACGCUGCUCAGCCAGUUAAACAAUUUCUCAUCAAACUCUAAACAAGAUGCGUUCCCAGACACCCUCCCCCCCCAGGGGUCCCGAGGCCAUUCCUCUACCCUAACGUGGAGGAAACACUGAAAAAAACAGUGGAAGCCUUUUAAACAGGAUUAGGCAUGGGGAUUUUCUUUUUCCAUCCGUGACACCCGUACAGCCCCAAGCAGAGCCACAGGACAGGCAGCACGAGUGAAGCUUCCCCCUCCCCUCGAUGCACCAGCUCAUCUCCUUCCAGCUUGGCAAAGCCAGACGUCCGGCUCCACCAUUCAGUCCCACAGCUGGCACCUGGCAAGGUGGCUGCAGGCUUGCAGGGUUUCCGAGCAUGGGGGGACCCCCAGCACCUGAGGCUGCCCUUGCCCCACAGCUCAGAACGCCGCAGGCAGCGCCCAGCCCACAUCGCCACGGUGGGGCUGCGAAGCAACGAUGCAGUUUUGCUCCCAGGCUUGCCUGGCAAAGCCUGCCUCAGUGCACGGGCGCGUUCGAGGCGCUCCAGGCCAGCAGGGUGAAGGCUGCCGCCGCCUGCCUGUCCCACCGGCAGCCUGCCGGGCACAGAGCCCGGGCAGGGGGUCGCAGCAGCGAAAUCGCCACUGUGCCACUGCUCCCCGGAGUUUCAAACCCAUCGCGGACACGCAGCCCACUGUGGGCAGCACCAGUCGGCACUUUGCCGGUUCCCUGCACUGGCAGCACAGGAAACG